CUGCAUGGCCUCGCUUGAGGCGUAAAAACCCACGCACGCCACUACCGUAGGUCCAGCCAAGCCCCUUCACUUGCUUGGGCUUCGCCCAGAGCCACCUCUGUCACAGUCGUUUUCAAGAAUCAAGGGCAUCGUCAAUCAGCUUUCGGCCUUUCGGAGACUUCUUCGCCCAGGUCCAGGGAGGGCGACAUGGGUAUCGAACGAUGCAAAUCCUCACUGGCCUCUUUUCAAAUUCGUGCAGAACGCCCAUCGACAUCUGAAAGCGCCAUGGCAUGCAUGGCAGGAUCUCAGGUGGGGAAUCGCUUCAUCAAGAGCUCCAUCCGGUUGCGCUUCAGCCUUCAUCGCAUCACGCAAACUGAUAAUCCACCUUGCCCUCAAUCUCGCCUCCCAUGGAUAUCAGCACAUGUGUCAAAGUAUUACUCACAGCUUGCAUUCCGGGGAAACAUGCGCGAGAUGCCUAUGCCCCUCGCCUUCCUCUUAUCGUCUCAGCUAAAGGUGUCCACUACAUGGCAUGGUACGCCGGUUAUCAAUCAUGCUCUCUCAGACAAAUGCCAUCACCCAACGCUCUCGUUCACCCAACUUGGCCCCUCGACGGUCAAUGGAUGCCGGGCCAUCUUGGCAAGAAACCUGGAAAUAGGAGGACGGCUAUUCCGCACCCACACAAAAGGUAUCCCGCACCCAUACUAGGCCCAAUCCAGCAGACUUUUGCAGAGGAAUCACCAACAGACGGUCACGUGUAAGCUCGAGCUUCAAAUGAGGAAGUUUUGGUCCCCGAAGCACCGUCUU